AUGUCCACAGGCAGGAGCUCCACGUCGGCGCGAUGUGCAUUCUGCGGAGCUAACGUCAGCAAUGCGUCUGCACGGAUUCUCGUGGCGUUCGCGGCCCCGAGUGAGAACCAUCAAGAGACUUCUUGUGCUGCAAUCAAGCCGUUGAAAUGGCGGUUCUUGUCGAACAAAGGCCCGUGCACGAAGCUCAUGUGCCUCGCGUGUGCGCAGAAGCGAAAAGUGAAUUUAAAGGCGGAUUACCAGCACCACCAAGUGCCUGUGACUGUGGAGUCGUGGGAUCCUGAGGGCGCAAGGAAUAUUGACCGACUACCAAAGGCUCUUCCGCGUGACGAGGUGAAGACUGCGACCGGGCACAAGGCGAUGAAAGUGGAGAUUCGAGAGCCGUGGCAUCAGCCACAGCAUCGUCAUCACUGCGUGCUGCAGAGUACCCCGGUACAGCUUCACAGGCACGAGAAGCAUGAUCAAGCGCUACGACGGGAGCGGAUUCAUAGCCAGCAAAACAUGUGUGAACAAUCAACAAUCAACGGCAGACGACGAAGAGCGACGCAUGUGUCCGACUUCCAGCUCGAAGGGAGUCGUCAGGGCAGUGCACUGCAAUCGUUUGCAAAUGAUCGUGCAGCCAGAAAGUCGAUGACGCAGACUUGGCCUUCGAGUCCAGUGGAAGUCAGGAGUCACCCUUCUGAUACUCAUCGACGGACUUCAGUCGAGAGCGUGACUUCCCGUCCACGAAAGUCCAUGACGCAGCCUUGGCUUUCAAGUCCGGUUCCAGAGAGGAACUUAGCUUCUGUCACUCAGCGACGAGCCUCGGUCGAGAGUGCAACACCUCGUCUACGGAAGUCAAGCAGUGGUCCGUCUGGGCCUCUUAAGGCGGACAAGAAGGGUCGGAGGCUCAACUCGACAGCCGAUAUCCUCGGUAUGUCCCAGUCGCUUGACUUACCGCCUAAUUAUUUCGAGAUGAGCUCGUCGUCGCCCAAGGUUUACGCAGACAAAUUGACGGACAAAGACCCUCUCGAUUGGGUGCGCGUCGACCUGGACGAUCCCCAAAUGGAGCUUCCGAAGCAACGCGAAGGCGAUGAAGAGCGGCACCGACGACAAAGUGCGUCGUACGCCCAUAUGCUCUUGCGGAUGCGUCUGCACUACAAUACGGUGCAAGCCAAUGGAAGGCACGCUCGUCCUGCUUCAGCUCCACCACGACGGAUUCGAUCGGAGCGAGUGCAAUCGGUUGCUGUCCGCCACGUCCGAAGCGACACUAUAACGCGAGCGUCGGCUAACUUUGCUAUUGAUCUCGGCUACCUGCAUGCAUACAAAGACGCGCGAUAG